CUAACCUAAACCAUCUGGAUUUUGUGUGAGCAAAUAAUUUUCUUAUAUAACAACCGCUACAAUAAAACAUUGCAGUUAUAAACCGUAAAGCAUAAGGUUAACAAUCACUGAAAUGCAUACAACAACAACAAUCCUGGUAAUUGUGGCCCUAUUGACCAUCAGCGCUUAUAUAGUGUCGGCCGAUCCAAUUCCUGAACCGGAGCCUAACGCCAACCCAAACCCGGAACCUGAGCCCAAAGCCAUUGCGGAUCCCGAAGCCAUUCCCGAUCCCGAACCAAUUCCUUGUCCCGAACCCAUUGCAGAUCCCACAAAUUUUGGCUCUGGUACUAAAUGUAAUCAUCCUCCUUGUGAUUCUGAU